AUUGAGCUCAUUGCCCACUUCCAUUUCUGCAACCUCAUCUCUCUUCUAUCUGCUUCUUCUUCUUAGCGUUUGAUCUGCAAAUUUCCCGGCAAAUCUCUGCUCAACAGAUCACUCCUUUCCCCAGAAAAUGAAGAAGAUGGUGGUGCAACUGGAGACUAGCAACGAGAAAAUCCAGAAGAAAGCCAUGACGAAAGUGUCCGGCCUUCCAGGACUUGAAGAAAUUGAUCUGAACGUUAAGGAAGGCAAAUUGACAGUGAAAGGGGUUGUAGAUCCAGUCGAAGUGAUGGACAAGCUGAAGAAGAUAUGCCAUGCACAUAUCGUAUCCCUUGGGCCGGAAAAAGAAGAGAAGAAGAAGGAGGAGGAUCCAAAAAAGAAAGUAGAUCCGAAUGAGGAUGACUACGUGGCUUCGUUCAUUAAGACUUACGGGUACCACCCAGCAACUUUCUAUUACCCGCCGCCUCCAGCGUAUGGUGGCAGCUGGUACUAGAUAGUAGAUACCUAGUACUGACCCGUAGUGAAGGAUCCGAUCGAAUGGGCUGUGUUAUUUGCUGAAUUCCAAGGUUGAGUUCUUCUCUUCCCAUGAAGCACCCCGCUGCGUGGGAUAAUAAAAAAGAAAGAGGAAAGUUCUUCCCAUGAAGGGCUUUAUUACGUUCAGUGGGUGGUGGUGUUUUGUUUCCAGUUAAUUAUUAUGUUCGUUUAAUCACUUGUUCUUGUCAACUACUAUAUAUAUCUUCAAUGCAUUGUGUUUGAAUCUACUUCAAAACUUACUUCAAUCUGGGCAU